CCUGGCUCUAUUCACUCUUGCGUUUCUACUGCAUCGGCGCUUUCUCAUUCGGCUCUUGUUGGGCAACUUACUUAUGAUGGCCAAAUCCAGGCGUCGACUUCUCCGAGCUUGUAUCCGGUUGGUCUGUUUGCAGGCCAGCCCGGUGCUCAGCCUACCACGCAAAUAAUCACGGGUGGAUCCACUUCUGGGGUACCACUGCUUGCGAAUCCUGUUUCUGUCACUGGCCCUCAUGGUUAUUAUGCUCUAGCAUCUCCAUCUCACGGAAUAAUGACCUCGGCAAAUAUUUCAGAUGCUCCCCAGCUUGCAAUUUCGCCUUUAGCUGUCAAUUCAAAUGGGACUUUUAACACAAAUAAUAGUGCUGCUAUAGCUGGGAAUCAGAUCGUCGUUACAUGUAGUAAUUCUCUAGGUCCUUGGUCUCAGCAGACAGCCGCUUCUAGUGGUGUCUCUAUUCAAGCUCAACAUCUGUCUCAAAAUCCGUUCCAGGGUAAAUUUCCAAAUCCAGCCCUUCUAAGCAACGUUGGGGGUUCAACGCCAGCUGGCUAUCCGCCUUCUCACCAAUAUCACGCAUUUGCAUUAACUCAACCAGCAGCAUCUGGUUCCUACGCUGGUGCCCCACCGCAACAUUUGCUGCAACCUAGUGCUCCGGCUCAUAUUCUAAGCUUUGUUGGCCAUCCGGUAUCACCUCCUGGUCAUCAACCUCAUCUUCUUCAGCCAAUGCCGCCUGCUCUUCCACUCCAUACCCAACAUCAUCAGACUCAUCUUCCACAUCCAGGUCACCUUCAGCAUCAAUUACCUCAUAUUUCCCAUCAGUCCCCACCAAUGGGGUCCGGACAAAGUUCCCACUCGAAUGUUGCUACUAAUCCUUUUAGCGCUGUAGUCGCUGCCAUGACUGCAAUGACGGUUGCCACCCAGCAGCAGCAGCAGCAGUUAUCAUCUCCAUCCCCCAUCUACCACCAACAAUCUCAAAAUCACCCUACUCUCGCCUCUCAUCCGGGCCACCCUUCACCAGGCACACCUCUUGGUCAACACCCUCAUCACACUCUUCUUUCAGCCACAUUUCAGCAGCAAAAUCCGCAUGCAGCAGCAGUGGCAGCAGCCGCCUUUUACCAUGCGGCUGUAGUUCAGCAACAAAAACAGCAACAGCAACAUUACCAGUCCCACCCACACCAACCUCUUCUUCCAAGUGGCCAAGGAACUCUCCUCCCCGGCCAACCCGGGGUUUCUCAAGCCUCUAAUCUGCCUCCUUUCUUUGCCGCCUGUGUGCCUCCACCCCAACCUUCCCUAGCUUCUGUUUUACACCAAUCCACAAAUCAGUCUACUUUGCCUUCAUCUUUCCACCAGGGUAGGGGCUGUGUCAACAGCGGCCAUAGUCACUCGCAACGCACCCAACAUCACCAUCACCACCACCAGCAACAACAGCAACUAGAUUUAUUUAAUGCGUCAUGCCAAGUGGGAUCUAGCACCAGCAAUCUACAUAAUAUUGCUUCUCAACCCCCGACUACUAGUUCUGGGCAAGGAUCAGUUUGUGCAGUCUGGCCAGAGAAUUCUACCGCAUCUGUGGAGGUUAUUUCUCCCGUCACUUGUAUGCAAGCUUCCAGCUUUGCCCAGUUACCCGUUCAAUCACCCAAUAUGCUUACCCAAAACCAGCAAAAUACCCCUAUUUCCGCUCCGGGUGAAUCUUGUGGUGUUAUUGCCAACGUGGGCUCUACGGGCUCUACGGGCUCCACGCCUAGUAUUAGUGUUGGUAGCGCUAGCACUGGGUAUAGUAGCGGUGGGUCAACUUCUUCUGCUUCUAGAAUGGCAGUUUCAGUUCCCGCUUCCCCUUCUGCUAGCAACACAAUCGCUCCUGUACACAUCUCAGCUAUCGGCAGUGAUAAUCCCUCUCGGCAUAGCGGGUCUAUUGGAAUCUCUGGAGCCGGUUCUACGAAUAAACAUAUUAAAGAUCGUAAGGUCUCACAGCCUUUAGAACGUCCUCCUCUUCACUCAUCAAACUUUUUGAGCCUCGAAGCCGAUUGUUUAACUGACAUCGCUGAGCCUACAUCGACGUCUAAUGCUCCUUCGGGUUCAUCAACCUGUUCAACGACUCCGCCUCCAUCUAAGUCUGGGGAUGAUAAAUGUACUAGGCGAUCGGCUCAUCGCCCCACUCCAGUAUUUUCUUCUCUUUCCAACAACAAAUCUACUCUGUAUGUUUCUGGUAAAAACAGCGAGAGGGAUCACUUAGACGACGCGGUAUUCUUCCACGAUGCGUCCUCUGGAUGCAAAUCCACUAAUGAUCUAACUGCUCGGGAUAAUGACGAAAAUGAGACCGCAGCUUCCGUUCUCCAAGCUUCUGAGGGCCUUUUGAUUAGUUCGGUUGCAACUAACAUUAACCACGAGGAGGUAAAUCGAGCCCUAGAAGGGAUAUCCGAUGAUGUUUCGUCCACUUCGGUAAAGCACGCGGAAUCUGCCAAAAGAACGCUCGGUACAUUAAGUGGCGACAAGUCGUUUGCCCACUCUCCCUCCUGUCGGCAGAAUGAACAAAAUCUAUCGAUUAAUUCAGGCACCCAAAAGCAAAAUGUCGCACAGACUGGGAUCAAGUCGUCUGAUACAAUUUCAAGCUCGGUCGACCCUGUUAUCCCUCAGAGUUCUACAAUUUCCGCCUCGCGCGUUGAGGUAUGCGCUGAAGACGCUCCUAGAUUCUGA